CAAUAAUUUUUAUAAUAGACUCCUCUCCUCUCCUCUCCUCUCCCCACCACACCCUACUUCCCCCACAUGAUCAUGGAACCAGAAAAUGGGAUCCGCAGCAGCCAUAGCCAAAUGCUCAAUUUCCUCCUCCAACAAAACACCAAUAACAAGCCCUCUUCCUCCUCCUCCGAUCCCAGUUUCCCCAACUCCUCCUCCUCCUCCUCCUCCCAAUUCUUCCAUCCCCAGUCCCACCACCACUCCUCCUCCGCCGACAACAACCCACCUCCUCCUCCCCAGCAACCCAAGAAGCCGCCGCCGAAGCGGGCGUCCACCAAGGACCGCCACACCAAGGUCGACGGCCGCGGCCGCCGGAUCCGGAUGCCCGCCGCCUGCGCCGCCCGGGUGUUCCAGCUCACCCGGGAGCUCGGCCACAAGUCCGACGGCGAGACCAUCCAGUGGCUGCUCCACCAGGCCGAGCCCGCCGUCCUCGCCGCCACCGGCACCGGCACCAUCCCCGCCAACUUCGCCUCCCUCAACAUCUCCCUCCGCACCUCCGCCUCCUCCACGCUCUCCGCCCCCCACCACCGCACGACGAUCGGUAGCUUCUUCCCCGGCCAAGAUCCUUCUUCUAAUUCCCCGCUCUUCCUCCACGGCGUUCCCACCAAGCACCAUUUCCACGUCGGCGGUGAUGACGUGGCGGCCGGUGCGAGGGUAGAGGAAGGGGAGGAGGAGUCGCGGAAACGCGACGGCGGCAGCGGGGACAAGCAGUUGUUUUCGCUUCAACACCAGCACCAGAUGAUGGCUGCGGCGGCAGGGAGCAUGAGUUACUUGCUGCAGUCGAGCAGCGCCGGGGCGAUACCGGCGGGACAGAGUGGCGGCGGCGGUUUGUUUCCGGGUACGUUUUGGAUGAUGAGCGGGUCGGCUGACCCGAUGGCUGCCUUCCCGUCUUUUGGCGGCGGUGGUCAGUUGGGAGUUCUGGCGACGCUGAAUGGGAACCGCCACGGCGGAGGAGGAGGCGGUGAGGAGCGGCGGGAGGAGGAUUCGACCGCCUAGGUCGAUUUUUUUUUUUUUUUUUUGUCAUAGAUAGUUUGUAAUAGAUAGUUCGUUACAAUGCAUUGGAAAGAUAAAGGCGGUAGUCAACCAUACGGGUUGCUACCGAUGCAAGGGCCAUUUGCGCCACGCGAUGGGCAGCCCUGUUAGUACACCUAGGUCGAUUUGGCCACGGUUUGUUUUAAAUUAAAUUAAUUAAUCAUC